AACGGAGCAGCGCGCGCUGCAGUAUGAGCAAACUUUGAUGUAUGGGCGUUACACUCAGGAGCUGGGUGUUUACGCUAAAGAAGAGGCCGCUCGGAUUCGAGAGGAUGGUCGUCACCGGCGCUCUGUUUCUGAACGCAGUCCUCCGCUCAAACUCCUGGAGUACGAGAAGGGACGAUGUGUCCGGUGUCGAAUCUGUGCAGUGCACUGUCAGCGGUUCCUCAUGUCGCGGGUCGGCGAGGACUGGAUCUUCCUCAUCUUGCUGGGACUCGUCAUGGCUCUGGUCAGCUUUGUUAUGGAUUUCUGCAUCGCCCUUCUCCUACAAGCACAGAAGUGGAUGUACGGUGGUUUGGACAGUAACGUAAUCCUGCAGUAUUUAGCUUGGGUCACUUAUCCUGUGGUUCUCAUCAGUUUCUCUGCAGGCUUCACACACAUAGUAGCGCCUCAGGCAGCGGGGUCUGGUAUUCCUGAAAUGAAGACGAUUCUCAGAGGAGUGGUGCUGAAGGAAUAUCUCACGUUAAAAACGUUUGUGGCCAAAGUCGUCGGACUGACCUGCGCACUGGGCAGUGGUUUGCCUCUGGGCAAGGAGGGUCCGUUUGUGCACAUUGCCAGUUUGUGUGCUGCUCUUCUCUGCAAAUUCAUGUCGUUCUUUGGUGGAAUUUAUGAGAAUGAGUCCAGAAACAUCGAGAUGCUUGCGGCGGCUUGUGCUGUCGGGGUCGGAUGCUGCUUUGCUGCUCCUAUUGGAGGUGUGUUAUUCAGCAUUGAAGUCACCUCCACGUUUUUCGCCGUACGAAACUACUGGCGCGGAUUCUUUGCUGCUACGUUUAGUGCCUUUAUCUUCAGAGUUCUGGCCGUGUGGAACAGAGAUGAAGAGACGAUCACGGCUCUCUUUAAAACGCGGUUCAGACUGGACUUCCCCUUUGACCUCCAAGAGCUUCCAGCGUUUGCUGUGAUCGGAAUCGCCAGCGGGUUUGGUGGUGCCUUAUUUGUGUAUUUGAACAGGCUUAUUGUGCAGUUUAUGCGAAAACAGAAAACUAUUAACAAGUUCCUCAUGAAGAAGCGUCUGUUGUAUCCCGCGCUCGUCACUCUACUGAUUUCUACACUAUCUUUCCCUCCGGGCUUUGACACACACUCACACACACAGCUUACACAGAAGGAGACCCUGGUUUCAUUUUUUGACAAUCGCACUUGGACGAAGCAAGGAAUGACGGAAGACUUUAAUUAUGACAGUCACUCGGCCGCCUGGAAACAUCCGCAGGCUAACGUCUUCGUGAUCCUCGUCAUCUUCAUCGUUAUGAAGUUCUGGAUGUCUGCUUUAGCCACAACUCUUCCCGUACCAUGUGGAGCCUUUAUGCCUGUUUUCGUCAUUGGUGCUGCGUUUGGCCGUUUGGUGGGUGAAAGUAUGGCCGCAUGGUUUCCAGAGGGCAUUAAUACGGACGGAACCAUCUAUCCCAUAGUUCCCGGAGGAUACGCUGUUGUGGGAGCGGCGGCGUUAUCCGGAGCGGUCACACACACUGUUUCCACAGCCGUGAUCGUGUUUGAGUUGACGGGUCAGAUCAGUCACAUUCUGCCCAUCAUGAUCGCUGUGAUUCUCGCCAACGCCGUUGCUCAGAGUCUUCAGCCGUCCAUCUACGACUCCAUAAUCCGCAUUAAGAAGCUGCCUUACCUGCCUGAGCUCGGCUGGGGCCACCAUGAGAAGUAUAAUAUUCGUGUGGAGGACAUCAUGGUCAGAGAUGUUCGUUAUAUCACACUGAACUCCACCUACAGAGACCUUCACGAGAUUCUCCUGAUAGGAAACCUCAAAACGGUGGCGCUGGUGGAGUCUGCAGAGUCGAUGAUUCUGCUGGGCUCUAUUGAGCGCGCUCAGUUGCAGGCGCUCCUCACGCAGCAUCUGAGUCGCGAGCGGCGGCUGGAGUUCAUACGCGAUCGCGCCGACGCCGAGAGAAAGCGUGUGUCUGUGGUCAGCACUCCCAGCAGCGAGGAGGGGGGUCACAAGGUCAACCACGAGGUUCGCUUCCAGAUCUCCACAGAAGAGUCGUCGUUCACACCGGCCCGUCCCAUCUCACCUAAACCUCUCAAACCUGCGCUGAAGAGGACGCCUGCCGCCGAGAAAAACAUCGAGAUCCCCACAAGUCCUCAUGAUUCUGGCAUUGGCUUGAAGAAUCUGUUAUGUGCUCGACCUCAGACUGAUGCAAUGGAGAAUAAUAACGUGGAGCACACAGUGGCUCCUGACUUCAGGCCCAAACGCGUCAGGAUUUCGGUCUUGGAGGAUCCAGACGCAGAGGAUGACAUGACUCUUGGCGAGAUUGAGGAGUGGGAGGAGCAACAGAUGGACGAGCAGGUGAACUUCAACAGCUGCAAGAUUGACCCCGCCCCCUUCCAGCUGGUGGAGCGCACUUCACUGCACAAGACUCACACCAUCUUCUCUCUGCUGGGUUUGGAUCACGCUUACGUCACCAGCAUCGGGAGACUUAUAGGAGUAGUUUCACUGAGAGAGCUGCGUAAAGCCAUCGAGGGCUCGAUGACGGUGAAGGGCGUGAAGGUUCGUCCGCCGCUGGCGAGUUUCAGAGACAGUGGCACCAGCGGCACCAGCAGCGAAAGCGAAGCCACUGAACUCCACAAACUGUGGGAUCGUCACACCAGCCUCAGCAUUCCCCGAGAACACCAGCCCAACGCCUCCGACUCGGACGAUAAGUCGCAGUGACCCGCGGCGGACGCUCGCAUCCAAAAACCCUCCGGUCUUCCCACACUUAUCCUCUUUGCCUUCUGGAGAAUCAGGGACUAUCUGGACUCUGCCGAGGCUCCUCCAGUGUGCGUAUGUGUGCGUUUAUUUGUGUGUCUGUUGCAGAAAGAGACGGAUCAUUUCAUCUUUGACGUUACCUACCAUUCCCUUUUUCACUUUUUAAGAAAUGUGAUGCACAAGCUCUGUUUGAACGCUUCAUCUGGUGUCUCGUGGUUUUUACAUUGGGGAAUUUAUAUCUCACUGUUUUUUUUCUUGCAGUUCUUUUUUC